AUGAGCUACCCACCGUCUGCACCUUCGACUCGCCCUCGAAACCGCCUGUCUUCCGCAACGUCGCCCUCCCUUCGUCCAUCGCCGCCACGAGUCGAUUCGCUAGCCUACAGGUCGCCACGACUUGGCCAAGCAUCAUUCGACGCAUCCGUAUCGCCAUCGUCUUCGCCAGCCCGGCCGCCGCCGUCUUACAGUGCUACCCCGAGACAGCUCUUCCCGGACGACGAUGCCGUCUCGGUCCCUAUGCAGCCGGCAGCCUCGACGGAGACGCUGCACAUCAUGUCGGGCGGCGGAGCAGGCGAUGUGAAGGAGCCGAUACGCUGGACAGUUGGAGAAGAGGGAGAGGCUGUCAAGCCGUUCGGUGCGCGAGGCACACCUCGACCGGCGCCCCUCGACCUUUCCCGCGAUACGGCAAACCUCCCUGACCUGCGGUACUCCGUCGCCUCCUCUGCGUCUGACGCGAAGCCCUCCGCACCCUCCAAGCCGCCCUCCGUUCAACCUUCGCUCGGCCUCCUCUUCUCCCUCACGACUCGCCAGACCUUCUUUACCAUUGUCGUCCCCGGCAUCGUCUGCGCCAUUGUCGCGGGUCUGGUCCCGCCGUACAUGACCCAGAUCCUCGGCGACGCCCUUCAAGCGUACACCGACUUUGGCCUCGCUACAGCCGCACCCGAUCUCUCGCACGAAGCGCUCAAGGCCGCACGGUCAGAGCUCCUGAGCGCUAUCCGCAACAAGGCGAUCAAGUUUGCCGUCAUCGCCGCCGUCGUUUUCUUCUUCUCGUCCACGAACGUCGCGCUGUGGACGAUCCACGGCGAGCGCGCGGCGCACGAGCUCCGCCUGAAGGUCUACCGCGGCGUCAGCGAGAAAAGCCUCGAGUGGUACGACCGCGGGAUGGGUGGCGCAGCGGAUGGCGGAGCCGAAGGUGGAGAGGCGGGCAAGGCGGAUGCUGCGGGACUUAUGGGACGCUUCACCAAAGACACAGAUGAUGUCCGCAUGGGCGCUUCGUCAACAAUCGGCCUCAUCAUCCAGUACCUCUCCUCCUUCAUCUUCUGCAUCAUCCUCGCCUUCUACCGCAAUUGGCGACUGUCGUUCGUCGUCCUCGCCACCAUCCCUGUCGUCACCUUCUUCGUCGGCCUUACCGAGCGUUUCUCGGGACCGCUCGCCAAUCAAGUGCGCGAGGCGACGACGCAGUGUUCGUCCCGCGUCGACCGCGUGAUCGGCGCGAUUUCGACCGUCAAAGCGUUCAACGCCGAGGAGGAGGAGCUCAAGGGCUUCAAAGAGCUCACGAAGAAGGACUUCGUGGCCUACGUCAAGCUUCACUUCGUCUGGGGCUUGCGCAGCGGCGUUGUCCAAUUCCUCCUCAUGUCGAUGUUCGUCCAGGGCUUCUGGUUCGGCGCAUAUCUCAUUCAGACCGGCAAGGCGACGGCGGCUUCGGUCAAUACUUGCUUCUGGGCGUGCCUGCUCGGCAGCACGUAUCUCCAGACCUGCAUCCCGUUCCUCGUCACCCUCGAGAAGGGCAAAAUCGCCAUGGCCGGCCUCCUCACCUUGAUUCGCGAUGAGCCGCCCGCCACGAACGCGACGACUUCGCGCUCUCCGCCGCCGUCAUCUGCCGGCACUUUCGGCAGGCGGCGCAAGGCGCAUCACCGUAAAGGCAGCAGCUUCGGCACGUUGACCGAGGCGUCUGCUUUCGCGAGUGAUGAGAAGGUUGAGGCCAAGGACGACCUGUCGCCCCAUCCCUUCAACGCCGUCGCCUCGCCGACUACGCCUCACACGCCCGUCCUCAUUCCGCUUGCGGGUGCGACUGGAGCUCGCCGUACCGGCGCUCCUCGUGCUCUCAGGAAGCUCUGCCCUGCGACCUUCUCUGGCGAGCUCAGCUUGCGCAACGUCACCUUUCACUAUCCGACUCGACCUGCGCCCGCUCCGCCCGCUCUCAAGGACGUCAGCUUGUACUUUGCCGCCCGAGAAACCACCUACGUCGUCGGCACAUCCGGCUCGGGCAAGAGUACGGUUGGUUCGCUGCUCAUGGCGCUGUAUCGCCCGGAGUCAGGCCGUAUCGAGGUGGACGAGCAAGGGCUCGAGUGGAUCGACGAGGACUGGCUGCGAGGACACGUCGCCUGUCUCUCGCAAGGCGCCUCUGUUCUCUUCGACGGCACCAUUCACGACAACGUUGCGGUCGGAGUCGUCGGCCAGCUGCAGGAGGACGGGACGAAGCGACGUCAGGAGGACGUGACGAGGGAAGAAGUCGUCGCAGCCUGUCGCGGUGCUCUCAUCCACGACUUCAUUCGCGAUCUUCCUGACGGCUACGACACCUGGAUCAGCGGCGAGAAAGGCGCAAGCUUGUCGGGCGGCCAGCGCCAGCGCCUCGCCAUUGCUCGUGCUUGGAUCCGGGACCCGACGGUCCUCAUCCUCGACGAAGCGACGUCGGCGCUGGACGCGACCUCCCGCCUGCUCGUGAACGAGGCGGUCAAGCGCUGGCGAGACAACCGGACGACCAUCGUCAUCACCCACGACCUUGCGCCCAUCGGUCCCGACGACUUUGUCUACGUCAUGGUCGACGGGUCCGUCGUCGAACAAGGCUUCCGCAGCGAUCUCGAGGCGGACCGAUCAGGUCACUUCGCCAGACUCGCAAACUCGCAACAAGGUGCUUCGACUGUCGACGUUGUCGACGACGAGGAGGAAGUGCUCGACCUCGAGGACAUUCAUGCGACGCCUCGCACUCUGGGCGAAGUGUACGGGUCGGCACAUUCCACGCCUCGGAUCCAGAUCAGCGAUGCGGAUGCCGAAGACGUGGGUUCGGUUCGUUACUCGUCGCCCAGCCUCUUCUUCCCGCCUGCAGGCGAUGUCUUCCGCGCAAGUCAAGAUCUACGCGAUGCACGGCGGGUUUCGGCAAACUUCCAAAGUGCGAUCAGCCGUUCUUCCUCUCCCUCGCCGUCCCGCCCGGCGUCGAAGCGGUUCUCUGCGACCGAUCUGCUUCCCCCGUUCGACCCGAUGGAGGGCAGCCGCCGCGCUUCGCGACCCGUCAGUCGCGCCGACUCCGACCUGUCGUUGAGCGCACUCGAACUCGUAUCGGCGGCAGCAAUGUCGAGUCGCAAACCUCUCGGACCGCGGAUCAAGCAUCGCACGAUGACCGAGGCGGACUUGCAGAAGUGGGCCGGUCGCACAGGUCCGACCAGUGCGGAUGCGAUCGUCGACAUGGCUGGCGGGGCGACCUCUCGCGCUCCGACACUGUCGCUCUUCCAGCUCGCGCGGCGAUACUGGCCGACAAUCCCCAACAAGCUGCUCUUCAGCUGCGGCGUCGUGUUCUCGAUGGUCGUUGGCGCGUGCACGCCAAUCUCGUCGACGCUCCUUUCGAAGGUCAUCAGCAACUUGGGCAAUCCGAACGCCAACUCGCUCAUCACGCAAUCAGCGCUUCUCAUCCUCCUCGUCGCCUUCAUCGACGGCAGUGGCUCGUUCCUCAAGUUCUACUGUCUCGAGCGCUGCGCGAUGGGGUGGAUCAGCGCGCUUCGGCGCCGAGCAUUCGGCCUCGUCCUCAAACAGGACAAGUCCUUCUUCGAUCGUCCCGAGAAUGCGACGAGCGCGCUGUCGCACUCUGUCGUCAAGGACUCGGAGGACACUCGAAUCCUGGUCGGAACAGUCGUCGGACAGUGCUGCGUCCUCGUCUCGAUGCUCACCCUCGGCAUCGUCUGGUCGUUCGUGACCGGGUGGGAGCUCACUCUCGUUGGCUUCGGCAUUGCUCCCGUCAUCAUCGUCAUCACUCGCCUCCAAGCCGCCGUGCUCAACAAGCUCGAGGGCGUCAACAAGCUGAAGCGCGAAGAGGUUUCGAAGCGCUUUCAUCAGACCCUGGCGAACGUCCGCGCUAUCCGCAGCAUGUCGAUUCAGCCUGUCUUCACCCGCACUUUCGAGUCGACGGCCGAUUCGGCGUACUCGAGCGGGAUCAAGGCUGCUCCGUUCGCCGGCUUCGGAUUCGCCAGUACCUUCACGCUCACUUACCUCUCGCAAGGCCUGAUGCUCUAUGUCGGCGCCUUGCUCAUCGUGAGCGGUCGAUACACGUUCAGCAAGAUGCUCCAGGUCUUCACCCUCAUCAUCUUUACGAUCACGUUCGCUGGCUCGCUUAUGAACUAUCUCCCUGCGAUGGCCAAGUCUUUGCGCGCGGCAAACGAUUUGCUUCGCCUCCUCGACCUCAAGCCCGAGACAAGAGAGUCGGAAGGCCGCAUGACGUUCCCGAUACACGGGCACGUCUCGUUCGCCGAUGUGCGGUUCGCCUACCCUUCACGACCCGAUGUUCCGAUCCUUCGAGGUCUCGACUUCCAGGUACAGCCUGGCGAGUGCGUGGGCAUCGUUGGUCCAUCGGGCUCUGGCAAGUCUACCGUUGCGGCGCUCCUGCAGCGUCUCUACGAGCCUUCCGACGGUUCGGUCUUGCUCGACGGUCGCCCUCUCGAUCGCGUCGACGUCCGGUACCUCCGUGAUCACGUCGCGGUGGUCUCGCAGCACCCGGCCCUCUUCGACAUGUCGGUCGCGCAGAACAUUGCAUACGGCCGGUUGCACGUCACCCAGGACGAGAUCGAGCGCGCAGCGAAGGCGGCGCACAUUCACGAUUUCAUCACCGAGCUUCCGCAAGGCUACGACACGCCCCUCGGCGACAACGCGUCGCUCAUCUCCGGCGGUCAAGCGCAGCGCCUCCAGAUCGCUCGCGCUCUCGUGCAGUCGCGAGAGAUUCUCAUCCUCGACGAGUGCACCUCGGCUCUGGACCCCGCGAACCAGCAGGCCGUGCUCGACACCAUCCUGCGCAUCAAGGCGGGUCGCACAACCCUCAUCGUCACGCACAAGCUCGCCAUCAUGGAGAAGUGCGAUCGGCUCAUCGUGCUCACGGACGGGACUGUCGCUGAGACCGGCACCGUCGCCGAGCUGCGCGCAAAGCCUCGAGGUGUCUUUGCGACUCUGGCGUCCGGCGGCGAGUGGGAGACGUCCUGA